AGGCUUCUCCACUAAAGAGAUUUAUCUUACUUUGCCUAUGUCAUUUAGAAAGCAAAACGUGGUUAGAGAGUGGGUUGGUUUGGAGAUUGGAUGUAAAUCGUCGAAUCCUAAAGUGUUCGGCGAAACAGAGUGCUUAUGUGAUGGCUUACCAAAAGCCAUUUUGAUAAAGAAAGAUUCGGACAUCAUAUUUGAUAUCUUUAUCAUCUACAAUCACACUACCGAAAAUGCGUCCACACUAAAUUAUUACAAGGCUUCAUGGGGGCAAAUCGAAAUAUGCAAUACAGAUUGUGAACUUCGUGCGAAUCCAGAAAUAAUAUUAUGUUAG